UUUAUUUUUAUCUUUUUUGACAUCGGCAAAAUUCUAGGUUUAUCGGUGGAUAAGAACGUAAUGGCAGGCGACGGCGCCACCGCGGUUGUGGAAGGAGGAAGAGAUUCAAGUGAAGAUUUAGAUUCAAUCAGCUCUCUGCCUGAUGAGAUCCUCCAACAAAUCCUCUCCUUUAUUCAGACCGAAGAAGCCAUCAGAACCUCCGUAUUGUCCAGACGAUGGAGGCAUGUAUGGUCCGGUACACCUUCCCUCUCCUUUGAUUAUUGCGAUACGUAUCGUAUGCUGGAUGCUGAUUCGAUUGACAAAACCCUAGCUCGCUACACAGCUCCCAAGAUGACGAGUUUUUACAUCGAUACCGAAAUUCUGAGCAAUCUCACUCACAUUCACUGGUGGCUCGAGUUAGCCAUGUCCCGAGACACGGAGAAUCUGACGUUGGACCUCGGUUGUUAUUGUCACCAUUCCGAGGAUAAUUAUAGUCUUCCUGAUUUUUUCUACACCAAUUCUUCUGUCAAGCAACUCAGCCUUCACCUAGAGUUUAAUGAUCUGAUCCCAAGAUGCUCCGUGUCUUGGACAUCCCUGAAGAAACUGUCUUUGAUUGCUUGCAACCUCUCUGAUGAAGCUCUUGCUAAGAUUCUCUCUGGUUGUCCGAUUCUAGAAAGUUUAACAUUGGAAUCCUGCCGUGAAUUUAUGGUUCUUGAUCUCACUAAAUCACCGCGUGUGAGAGUAUUAGAAUUCAGUCCUGAAACUUGGUCUCCUCAGUCAGUGGAGAUUGUGGAGAUUGUGGCACCACAUUUACAUUAUCUAAUAUUGGAAAACACUCAGCUACCAUGUUCUUUAGUUGAUGUUUCCUCUUUAAUUGAAGCUAAACUAGACAUUUACUUCUCCGCAUAUAAUGAACUAUUGAAGGCUGAUUUUCUUCAAGUCAUGGCCCUAGAGCAACUAGACAAGUUGCAGAAUGUGGAGAAGCUUACGCUUUGUGAAAACUUUCUUAAGAUUUUAUCUCUCGCGGAUCUCCGGUCUGUUCUUUUUCCAAUGUUCAAGGCUAAAGUUUUGACGCUUGAGACCACAAUCUCUCCAUAUGUAAUUUUUGGAUUAGCAGCAGUGCUAGAACACUCACCUGUACUAAAGAAGCUAACCCUAAUUCACAAAAGGGUUCGCCACUUCAUACCGGAGCAGGAUAUUGACAAGUACUUGGGUCCGCAUGGCUUGAGGCUGCUGCAUCCACACUCGUUCAUGGGAAGUUGGUCUGAAAACCACGAGGUACAGUCAAAUGAGGUGGCUUCGUUCAUGAAACUUAUGUUGGGAUCCACACAUAGAUUAGAGAAGAUGGUCGUAAGAUUGGAAGGUUGUCUUGAAAGAAGAGGUUUUGAAGAGUUGCUUCAGAUAGUUCCAAUGCUCUCUCAUGACAGCAAUGUCUCCAUUGCGGUCAGCUAAACCAAGCUAUCUUCCUUGGAAAAUAAAAAGAAAUUUGCAUAUUUAAGCACUUUUUGGCACUUUAAAGUGCUAUCACAAUGUAGCAUUUUAUGUAUUGUUUAUGACUAUUUAUCUUUGCGGACACACAAUGUAGAAACAAGAAAGUAAAUCGAAAAAGUGAC